GCCCAACUCAUCUGGGCUUACGACAUCGACUCUCUGUUUUUAGGUAUACAUAACAAUGCCACUCUGGUAGAGCCGGAUGUUAUUGCUAUACCAGCUUUCGGAAUGCUUUGAUACCCUGCAAGAUUACGAGCUCACAUAUCUGUUCCCGGGUGUUUGGUGGCUGAUCUGCAAGCUCCAGGUGGCCUGCCCGCCUUGUUUCGGCAUCGUUGGGCAACUCCGCUGAACACAUGCCAGACUGGCCUUAACACUCCCUCAGUCAAUGACUGUGGUACGGUACGAACGUGCGCCUCGGAGUUAGCUGUGACGCCGGUUCGCGGAGCAAUCCGUCAUGUCGACAAACACUCAGCCCACGAAGCAAUCAAGAUGGGGUGGUUUCCUCCAGCAGGCAAUUGCAGGAGUCGAAUCUAGGCUGGACACGAUCCUGGCUGACCAGGACGAGGAAGAUAUGGCUAAGGAUGCUGAUAAGGGCAGCAAACAGCCUGGACAGCCAUCGCUGCAGGGUGGAAUGUCAUUUGCGAAACCUGUCUCGCCUGCACCUUCUAGGAGCUCAUCUAGAGCGAAAGCGAACGACCGUCUUCAAGAGCGCCUGGCACGGGCAAUGGCUAAACGAGAAGGCGCCACUGGGAGCCCUGUAUCCCCGACAGAAACCCCCUCGCGCGCAACAAGCCCGCUUUCUGGCCUUGAUGGUGUUGCUGCGGGGGGAGACACUAGUACUACGAAAUCUGAUAGUGCGUCAAUAUCGUCAUCUGUGCCUCGAUCAAGUCAAGAUAUCCACCUAUCGCCGCGAACUUCAAAAGAUAUUACCUUGGAUAUGGACGCGAAGCCUAAUGGCCAUAUUAUCCAAGAUGACCAAAGAGAAACCAGGCUCCCAGAAGAUGGGGCUAUCGACUCAGGGGCCCCUGAAGGAUCCAUCCCUAGAAUAGGCGUGACAGAACCAACCGUAGCCUCCGCAGAUGGCCAUGAAGAGGCAAUGACGCAAAUGAGGACAGAACAUGAAGCAUCAGAACUCCGAUGGCAAGAAGAACUACAUGCAUAUGUCGAGAGGAUAGAUGCUUUACAAUCAAAAUUAAAGUAUCUAGCACAGGAAGCUGCGGAGUCCGCUAAACUAGCUGCAGCGUCCGCGGAAGCUGGGAGUCUCGAGAAAAAGCUUCUUGAAAAGGAGGAGCAGAUUGCAAACUUAAUGGAGGAAGGCCAAAGACUUUCAAAAACCGAACUAGACCACCGGGCAACUAUCAAGAAAUUACGACAAAUUAUUGCAGAAAAUGCGAAGUCGCAAUCUGAGACUAAGAAGAGGCUUGAGAAAGUCGAGAAGGACCUAGAAAUUUCAGAGGAUCGAGCGAAUCGAGCGGAAAUCGCAGAGCGCAAGGCCGUAGAAAGACUUAAUGCCAAAUCCAAGGUCGAAAAACAACUUGAAACAGUGACUGCAGAACGUAACGCAUCCAACGCGACUGUAGCGGAACUUAAGACUCAACUAGCAAAAGCUAUAUCUAAGGCUGAAGCAGCCGAGCGGAAAGCCCAAAUUGAGUCUACAGAGGCUGAAAAACGUCGGGUGACUGAACUUAUGGAUGACCUCUCCAGCGCUAAGAUAGAACGAGAGAUUAGCGAGGGAAAGCUUCGAAGGGAGAUUAGAGACCUAAAAGAAGGCAUUGAGAGGGAGAAAGAACGCUCCCGAACCCUCGAAAUUGAACUUCGCGGCGAGCAGUCGGUACUCGAAAGUAAGAUGGAAAGCCUACGGUCCCGUGCGGAGGAAGUGUCGUCCAGCGCAACCGGCGAAUCGCAUGCAAAACUCCUCCGCCAGAUUGAAACAUUGCAAACCCAGUACGCUGUUGCCAGCGAGAACUGGCAUGGAAUUGAAGGAUCGUUGCUCGCACGCCUGACUACCGUCGAAAAAGAGCGGGAUGAAUUAGAACGGAGAGAAGGGGACUUGCGGAGGAAAGUCCGUGAAGCGAGCUUCAAAGCCAAGAAAACCGAAGGCGAACUGGAAAAUUCCCGAGAAGUCAUUCAGGAAACAGAGAGGAACCUUGAAGCAUCAAAGCAGGAAAUUCAAAACCUAACCCGCAAACUCGCGAAAACAGAGAAUGACUUCCUCAUUGCCAAACAGGACCUCGCCAAACAAAAGGAGGCCGCCGAAUUAACAUUAUCACAACGACUUGAAGAGGAAAGGGCGAGAUGGCAAGAACUCGCCAGGCCACCGUCAUCCUCUUUACUCCAAGAACCCCGAACCGGAUCACCGGUCGCCUUCAACCGUAAACCAAUGGUCGGCCUCGAUCCCACUGGCCCCAUGUCUGACCGGGCACCGAGCCAUAGAUCCUCCUCAAUACUCCUAGCCGCCCUCCCCGAACGGUCCACACCACACCGUCAAAGUUCCCUCUCCUCCCUCAACUCUAACCCGCAACAACAACCACCCCGUCUCCCCUCCUCGUCCCCUCAUGAACUUUCAAUUCCACCAGUCGAUCUCACGCAAUCCCAAACCUACGACCCUGAAGAAUAUUUCAACGGCAUGGGUAGCCCAGCCACUCCAUCCGCCCAAGGGACCCACGCCCACUCCCGCGGCGUCAACGAUAUCAUCUCCGUCUCCACUAUCGCGGCAGGGCCCUCCGUGCAGCUCGUCGAGCGCAUGAGCACCUCCAUACGCCGCUUAGAAAGUGAACGGGCUGCGUUCAAGGACGAGAUCGCCCGUCUAACUGCGCAGCGCGAUGAAGCACGGCAGGAAGUUGUGGAACUGAUGCGUGAGGUAGAGGAGAAGAGAAAAGGGGACCAGCGGAUACAGGAGCUAGAAACGACUGUUGAGCAGCUCGAUCAGCGAUAUCAGACUACAUUGGAGAUGCUGGGAGAGAAGAGUGAGCUGGUAGAGGAGCUGAGGGCGGAUAUUGCUGAUUUGAAGAAUAUUUAUCGGGAGUUGGUGGAUAGUACGAUGAAAUGAUGGGAAGGGACAGAGGGGAAUAAUAGAGCAGUUGUUGUAGGGAGGAUGCGAUGUGGUGCGGUGGGAAUUUGGCGCCUUGUAUACUUCCUAUGGCUUGAUGUCUAUGUAUAUAGAAGGGCGUAUUAACUGACAGGCCUGGUGGCCUGAUUUGUUGGUUGAAUUUUGCGGUUGUGUAGAUAUAUGUCGAUCAUCCAUGUAGAGACUCUUCAUGUGGUUUAAAUAUGAAAUUAUUAAUCAUACAUUAAAUGCAUACAUCAUAGCAUCAGGGUCAUCGUAAUUUAGAAUAUAGAUAGGGACGCAGCGUUCUAUAGAAGUUGAGGCUUUGCGAGCAGUAUCAAGGGAAUAACUCAAUACCUUCCCGCUCUGCAGAUUCGAAUAUAUAUUUCCGCACCUAGGGUAAUAAUAAAAACAAGGAAGAGUAUCAUGUUCAG